UUCCGACGGCCUGGCUACUUUAAAGCACUUGGGGCCUUUACGGUUGUAUGUGAAAGGCUUUCUCUUACAGAAAAAACUGAGGACCACACCGCUGGGACUGGGGGCCAAACCCGGGUGUCAGGUCCACCGGAAGAAGCCUGCACAUUUGGGGAUGCCUGUGAAAUGGGGCCACCAGCACGUACCUCCAGGGCUGCCGGCAGGAAGGGACGCUUACCCAUAUUACUGGUUAGCCUUUCCCCCGGCCUGCGCACCGCCCACGCGGCCGCGUGUCUACACCACCCCGGCGCGCACGGAGCAGACGCUGAGGUCCCCUUCGCACCCCGCCUGCCACCCGCACCCCCACCCCCACUACGGUCGCCGCGCGGCGCUAGGCCCCGGAAGCCGGGCCGCCCCGCCCCCGCCCCGCGCCGGAGCGCCGCCCGCCUUCCGACGGGGGUGCGGCUCCAGGAAACCGCGCGCUAGCCGCUCAGAGCUGCAGCGACCCGUCGCUCCCCAGACGACCCCGCCGACCCAGCCGGACAACGCGGCUGGCCCCAGAGGAGGAAGAGCGGCCCCGGGUCCGAACCUGGGACCCUCCACGUGGACGGGGCGGACGGUGUGGAUAGGAGCCCGGGAAACCAUGGGGACCCGGGCCGGGCCAGCAGUGGCGGGCCAGCGGGAGCCCCGGGUUUGAGGAGCGGGCGU